CCAUUAGUGCCAUCAAAUUCAGUAAAAAUGUUGUUUCUUGAUGUUGCCUCACAUCAGACUAUGGUAUCUUCCCCAGACUCAAUUUGUUUUAUCACUGCUUUUGAGUUUGUUGAGUAUGACGAGUUAUUCUGUAUCUCGUCCCCAGCUUCCCUUCUAUAUGGCCGAGAUCUUUACUUAUAUACAUCUAAUAGCUCGUGUAAAUCCUCUGUAUAACAAGACUUCCAUAAUCAAAGAACUGAAUAUGCCUAUAUAAAAAUUCUACAGGUAAUUAGUUCUGUUAAACUUUGUCCAAAAUAUGAAACUCUAGAAUUAUUAUGUUCCUAUCUUCACUCCUUCAUUUUGAUCAGCAAGAAAAUUAUUUUUAAAAAUAUGUAGCAACAUGAACUCUAGGCCUAGAAAAUCGGAUAAUUUUUGGCGGUAAAGACACAGGGGCAACUAACAAGUGAGAACAUAACUACCACUGAGUUAAGAUUUACUACCUUAUCUCCUGUCCAUGAAACAAUGUCACUCUCUUCACUGUCCCUUGUCACUAACCCCUCCACUCUUCGCUUACUUCCGGCCUCAGAUCCUCCUUACAAACUUCUUCAAUCCCACCCAUCACUCAAACUCCUCUCCGAAUGCAACAAUAUGGAAAGUUUCAAACAAGUUCACUCACUAAUCAUCAAGAAUGGCCUUCAUAAUACCCAAUAUGUGCUCAGCAAACUUGUUGAGUUUUGCGCAAUUAAGCCCUUUGCUGAUUUUUCUUAUGCCCUGUUAAUCUUCGACACAAUUGAAGAACCUAAUUUGAUUAUUUGGAACACGAUUAUUCGAGGAUACUCGUUGACUGCUUCCCCUGUUUUAGCUGUAGAAUUAUAUGUUAUUAUGCUUUUAUCUGGUGUGGAGCCGAAUCAUUAUACUUUUCCAUUUUUGUUGAAAUCUUGUACGAAAAUGUUGGCGAUUCCUGAGGGGAAGCAAGUUCAUGGACAUGUUUUGAAGUUUGGAUUUGAUUCCGAUGUUUAUGUGCAUACUUCGUUGAUUAAUUUUUAUGCGCAAAUUGGUGAAAUGGGUUGUGCUAGAUUAGUGUUUGAUAUGAGUUCUCAUAGAGAUGCUGUUUCCUUUACUGCUUUGAUUACGGGGUAUACGUCUAGAGGAUGUAUGGAAGAUGCCUGCAAACUUUUUGAUGAAAUUCCUGUGAGAGAUAUAGUGUGUUGGAACUCUAUCAUUGCGGGUUAUGCUAAAAGAGGCCAAUAUGAGGAAGCACUUGCUUUCUUUCAGAGAAUGGUUGAAGCAAAAGUUGCACCCGAUGAAAGUACAAUGGUAACUGCUCUGUCUGUUUGUGCGCAGUUGGGUUCACUUGAGUCGGGGAAUUGGAUUAGGUCUUGGAUUGAGGAACGUGGAUUUGGUUUGAAUGUUAGGCUUCUGAAUGCUCUUGUUGAUAUGUAUUCAAAGUGCGGUGAUUUAAAAACAGCCCGCUGUUUGUUUGAGUCUGUACAGAAGAAGGACUCAGUUUCAUGGAAUGUUAUGAUAGGCGGCUAUACUCAUAUGAGUUGUUAUAAAGAAGCCUUAAGUACUUUUAGACAAAUGCAGCAAACAAGCCAUGAACCUAAUGAUGUCACGUUUUUGAAUGUUCUUCCUGCUUGUGCACAUCUAGGUGCUCUUCAUAUUGGAAAAUGGAUUCAUUCUUAUAUUGACAGGAAUGCGCAUAAGUUUGCAAAUGACUCUCUUUGGACAAGCAUCAUUGAUAUGUAUGCUAAAUGUGGAGAUAUAGAAGCUGCACAACAAGUCUUUGAUGGCAUGAAGCCGAAAACCCUGACUUCAUGGAAUGCGAUUAUAUCCGGAAAAGCAAUGCAUGGAAAUGCUCAUGAAGCCCUAGAGCUUUUCACUGAAAUGGUAAGGGAAGGGUUCAAGCCUGAUGAUAUCACCUUUGUUGGCGUUUUAUCAGCUUGUAACCAUGCUGGUUUAAUUGAUCUCGGCCGCCAAAUUUUUUCUUCCAUGAUCCAGGAUUACGGCAUUUCUCCUAAAUUACAACAUUUUGGAUGCAUUAUUGAUCUAUUAGGCAGAGCAGAGCUGUUUGAUGAAGCCAACACUGUUAUUAAAAGUAUGGAGAUGAAGCCAGAUGGUGUCAUAUGGGCUUCUUUGCUUAGUUCCUGCAGGCUUCACAAUAAUGUUGAACUGGGGGAAUACGUUACCGAACAGCUUCUCAAAUUAGAACCUGGAAACCAUGGGGCUCAUGUGCUGCUAUCAAAUAUAUACGCGGGGGUAGGUAAAUGGGAUGAUGUUGCAAGAAUUAGAACCAAGUUAAAUGAUAUGGGAAUAACCAAAGUUCCAGGAUGCACUUCGAUAGAGGUGGAUGGUGCCGUUCAUGAGUUUGUUGUUAGUGACAGAGCACAUCCUCGCAGUCAAGAAAUCAACAAAAUGUUGGACGAAACAGAGCGACUUUUGGCGCUGGAGGGUCAUGUUCCCGAUACAACUGAAGUGUUGUACGACAUUAAUGAAGAGCUCAAGGAAGAUGUUCUUUGUCAACAUAGUGAGCGACUAGCUAUUGCUUUUGGUUUGAUUAGUACACAGCCAGGGACGACAAUCAGGAUUGUCAAGAACCUUCGUGUUUGUGGGAAUUGUCAUUCGGCUAUUAAGAUAAUUUCUAAAAUUUAUAAAAGGGAGAUUAUCGCUAGAGACAGAAACCGCUUCCACCAUUUUAGAGAUGGUUCUUGUUCAUGCAUGGACUAUUGGUGAAUACAUAGCCACUACAUGAGUAUAUGGUGCUGCAUAACAUUUUCGUGUAGAUAGAACAGGCAUAUAAUUCAAGAUAAGAAGAUUCGCUUGUGACUUCCUCUAUGAAGGAAUCAUUGUACUGCUCUUGUAUAUUAGUGUUAUCCAAAACCAAGAAUGUGACUAUGUAUUAUGUGCCAGGGAAUAAAAUAUUACUUGUUUUAACCUUUUGAAUUUAUAAAUGUAAAUUUCACAAUAGUGUUGGGAUAUGAGUCAGCCACAUGAUUUUGCUUC